AUGGAGAACGAACAAUCUGAAUUGAAGUGGUCCGCGCCAUUUGCCGUCGUGCAUCCUGUAAAAUCCGCCUUCAAAGACUUGCGCGGCGACAAGAUACUGCUUCCCCAGUCCGCCCUCGAACAAAUGCUAGCAGCGUCCCCGAGGCAACUUCCGCCUUCUAGCUCGACUUUCACUUCCUACGAUCCCCUGAAUCCCUACGCGCGACAGCAGCAGAGCCUAUAUCAUGAAACGUCCCAGCAACUGCCGAAUCCCUUGAUGUUUCGGUUGGUCAACCCAAAGAAUGGCAACAUCGUGUACGCCGGCAUCCGCGAGUUUUCGGCCGAGGAAGGGGAAAUAACGCUGGGCCCAUAUCUCAUGGAAGCUCUAGGGUUACAUCCAACCGUCUUUGCUGACGAUUCUGCAACCAAAGAGCCAUCCGAUUUGACCUCUGGCGUAGUCUUCGAUGCUCACCCACGGUUGACGGUGCACGCCAAGCAGCUACCUAAGGGUACUUACGUCCGGCUUAGGCCUCUCGAAGCCGGCUACGACCCCGACGACUGGAAGCCGCUCCUCGAACGACAGCUGCGCGAAAGCUACACAACUCUCACAAAGGAUACAGUGCUCUCUGUUCGCGGUGUCAAGGGCGAAGCUUUCAAGUUCUUGGUCGACAAAUUCCUGCCAGAAGGCGACGGUAUUUGCGUGGUCGAUACAGAUUUGGAAGUGGACAUUGAGGCCUUGAAUGAGGAGCAAGCUCGUGAGACUAUGCGCCAGAUCAUGGCCAAGGUUCAGCCUGGCACUAGCAAUGGAAGCUCAAAGGGUGGCGAGAUCGAUGUAUGGAAGCCUGUCCAGGGCCAGGUCUUACCUAGGGAAUACGUCGAUUACCAACUACCCUCUUGGGACCGGAAUCGGCCCUUGACCAUUGAGCUUUCCGAGCUGCCCCACUCCGAUCGGAUUGACCUCUUUAUCAGUCCGAGAUCAGCACGACAGCGAGCACAACCGCGGGAUUCUGAGCAUGUCUUUGGCAAUUUCAGCCCCUCUGAAGAAGGGACCAAGUCUAUCACUAUACAACCUACCAAUGUCGAGCUGGAGACUGCCGAAGAACUUCUUAUUUCAGUCUAUUGCUAUCCGCUCGCAGGCAAUGAUCAUGGCCCAAGCCCAGUAUCUUUUCGACUCCGGGCCAGAGCCGAGGUGGAGGAAGGGUCAAGACGUAUGCCUUUUGACUUGGGACACGGGGAGUCUAGAUCUCCCGAGGAGGAGCAGUGUAAAAACUGCCUGCAAUGGAUUCCCAAGCGUACAAUGGUCUUGCAUCAGAACUUCUGCCUCCGGAAUAACGUUGCCUGUCCAAGGUGCAAACGUGUCUUCAAGAAGGGGUCGGCUGAGUGGGAGGUUCACUGGCACUGCGAGCAUGAGGAUGCAUUUGGAGACUCAUCGGCGAGUAGGGCCAAGCAUGAUGCCGUGCGCCAUACCGAACAACAAUGCCCUGGUUGUGAUUAUACUGCCCCGUCUCUGGUGGAACUGGCACUUCACCGCACGAGUGUCUGCCCCGGCAAAGUAAUUCUCUGUCAGUUCUGUCACCUCGAGGUACCGCAAGAGGGUGAUCCAUUCAAUCCAUCUGCAGAAACAAUCUUGUCCGGCUUGACUGCGCAUGAGCUAGCGGACGGUGCGAGAACCACCGACUGCCACUUGUGUGGCAAGAUCGUCCGGAUGAGAGAUAUGUCAGCUCAUAUGAAGCACCAUGAGCUGGACAAAGUCUCUCGAAGAAAGCCCGAAAUUUGCCGCAACAUAAAUUGUGGUCGAACCGUACAUGGUGUUGGAUCUGCCGGAGCUGUUGGUGCUGGAACAGCGAUGGGACAGGGACCUGGCAAUGACCUUGGUCUCUGCCCCCUUUGCUUCGGCCCCCUCUACGUCAGCAUGCACGACCCAGAAGGCAAAGCUCUCCGGCGACGCAUUGAAAGGAGAUACCUCAGCCAGUUGAUGACCGGCUGCGGGAGGAAAUGGUGUGGAAACGAGUGGUGCAAAUCAGGGAGGACGAGUCUUGGACUUGAAGCGAAGGGAGGCAGCGCUCAGGCCGCUCUCCCGCUUGUUAAGCCACUCGUGCAAAGUAUCUCCGAGUUGAAAGAGCCAAUGCAUUUCUGUGUCGAUGAGGCUUCACAACGACGGAGAAAACUAGCAGAAAUGCUAGCGGGCGAGGGUAUUUGGGACUUUGAAUGGUGCGUUGCGGCAUGCGAGGCAAGCUUGGGGGACUUGGAUAAAGCGCGAGAAUGGCUGGCCAAUUGGGCGCCUACGAGAUGA